AUGUCAUUCACGGAGGAACACUGCCGCCGGCUGCGGGCGCUGGUGCAGGACUGCUUGGCGAAACACCUCUACACUUCCGCCGUGUUCUACGCUGACAAACUGGUCACGCUCUCUGGAUCGGACCCAAGCGACGUGUACAUGCUCGCCCAGGCCUAUUUUGUUAGCAAGCAAUUCAGGAGGGCCAUCGUUUUGCUGAAAGCCGAAAGUCUGCUGGAAAAAGACCAGCGAUUCAGGUACCUUGCAGCACGCUGCCUAGCAGAGUCCAAGGAGUGGGAUGAGUGCCUUCAGGUUUUGGGAGAUGGCGAAGUGGACGAGUAUGUGGAGUCCAGUCGGCAGGAACCAACAUCCCCGGGGUGUGAGGUCAGCCUGUAUUCUGCGAUCUGCCUCUUGCGUGGUCGAGUUUUUGAGGCUCUGGAGAAUGCCCCACGUGCGAUCAAAUGGUAUCAGACAGCACUGAAGCACGACCCAUUCUGUUAUGAGGCGUUCCAGGCCUUGGUUGAGAGGCACCUGCUCAGUAACAAAGAUGAACAGAAACUCGUGCUGUCACUGAAAUUCAGCGAAGCUGACAGCUGGCUGCAACUGCUGUAUUCGUGCAAAUGCAAAAAGUACGACCAGACUGACAGCUUUGAAGCCAAGCUUGAGGACCUGGAGAGGAACCCACACAGUGAGUCCAUGAUACCAUCCUCUCCAUCCCCGUUGCAGCCCAGUGCAAGGAUGAAUGAAAUCGCCCAAGGGGAGCACAGGCAGGUCAACCCCAGCGUUCCCGAAGCUGUUGACCUUGAUCUGGACAUUGUGGAGGCUACCCCUGGCUGGGGUCUGACAGAGAACGUGGACGUGCUGACCUGCAAAGCAGAAUGGCUGUACUACAGGGGAGCCUAUGAUGAAGCCCACCAAAUAUCUCAAGAGGUGCUGGAUCGCGACCCAUACGCGAGCGACUGCAUUCCCAUCUAUUUGGCUUCAUGCCUGGAGCUGAACAAGAGGAACGAGCUGUUCCUAAGAGCACACAAGUUGACCAAAGAAAGCCCAGAGAGUGCUCUAUCGUGGUAUGCAAUUGGUGUGUACUACAUGUGCACCGAGCAGUUCGAGAACGCCCGCCGUUACUUCGGGCGGGCCAAUUCCAUAGACCGAUGGUUUGCUCCUGCUUGGGUGGGAUUUGGGAAUGCAUUUGCUGCGCAAGACGAAAGCGACCAGGCCAUGGCCGCCUACCGAACUGCCUACCGCUGCUUCCCUGGUCUUCAUCUACCACUGAUAUACAUGGGGAUGGAGUACAUGCGAAUGAACAAUCUGAACCUUGCUCAGCGAAUGUUCAUGAAUGCCCUGGACCUGUGCCCCACCGACCCACUGGUGUGUAACGAGCUCGGAGUGUUUGCCUACCGGAGCGGGGACUACAGCGAGGCUGUGGCUUGGCUCCGCCGUGCCCAGGACCUUGUUCCAGGAGGAAGAGCAACGGCAGGUCAGAAAUUGAGCGAUGAACAAGUGUGCCCAAACAGCAGUUGA